AUGUCGGACCCAUCUCCAGCUGGGUCCCACAAAGUCUUCGGCUUGACAGAAGGUAAAAUACAAACAGCCACUGUCUCUGUUGCUGUCGCUGCCCCUGCCCACAGUUGGUCCAGGGCAGAGUGUCAGCGGGGAAGGUCUGCUGUUGCCUGUCACCCUCUCUGUAGAGGAGAGAGGAGAGCCCCGAAGGCACUCCGGGAGAGCCCGCAGGUUCUGAAGGGUUAUAGCUCUUUGCUAAGCUGGGAAGUGUCGGCUAGGUUAAAUUUGAAAAACUACCAGAUUGUUCUGGCAAUGGUUUACGCCAUUGAGGAGAUCAACAGGAAUGCCCAUAUUUUACCCAAUGUGUCUCUGGGAUAUGAUAUUUAUAAUGUCCUGUUCAAUGAAUGGUGGACAUUAGAUAGAUCCAUCACAUGGCUGUCUGGGCUGACAAAGUAUGUGCCUAAUUACACAUGUAAGAGAGAGAUGAAGUCUGUUGCAGUAAUCACAGGCAUAUCAUGGAUAGUAUCAGCCCAUAUUGGGACACUGCUAAAACUCUACAAAUAUCCACAGUUGACUAUUGGGUCUUUUGAUCCAAACCUGAAUAAUCAUGAGCAGUUUCCUAGUUUAUAUCAAAUGGCCUCUAAGGAUAUGACUCUAUUCCAUGGCAUUGUCUCCUUGUUGAAUUAUUUCCACUGGAACUGGGUGGGAUUGAUCAUGUCUGAAGGACAAAAUGGUGUUCAGAUCAUCUCAGACUUGACAGUGGAAAUGGACAAAAAUAAAAUAUGUGUAGAGUUCGUGGAAAUGAUCCCAGUUAGUGAAGUAUCUUAUUUACCAAACAGACAACUGAAUCCUACAAAGGUUUUGAAAUCAUCAGCAAAUGUGAUCAUCACUUAUGGUGACAGUGAUUUUCUGAGAGGCUUCAUGCUUUAUUUAAGACAAAUUUCAGUUACAAGGAAAGUCUGGAUCAUGAACUCAGAAUGGGGUGCUAUCAUCCAGUCAAAACAUUUCAUUUUAAAUUCAUUCCAUGGAAGCCUCAUCUUUGUACAUCACCACGAAGAAAUCUCUGGUUUUGGAAAUUUUAUCCAAACAGUUCAUCCUUCCAAAUAUCCAGAAGAUUUUUAUCUUACAAAGUUGUGGUUCUACUUUUUUAACUGCUCAUUUGCUGACGAUGACUGCAGUACACUGGAGAACUGUCUGCCAAAUGCUUCCUUGCAUGAGUCACCAGGGAGCCUUUUUGACAUGAUCAUGACUGAGUUUGCUUAUAAUAUGUACAAUGCUGUGUAUGCUGUGGCCCACAGCCUUCAUGAGAUGCUUCUUCAUCAAGUAGAAGUAAGACCAAUAAGAAAGGCAGAAGGGCUAGUACCUUCAUUCUGGCAGCUGCUCCCUUUUCUGAAGAACAUACAGUUUACUAAUCCUGCUGGAGAACAAGUGAAUUUGGAUGAGAAAAUGAAGUUGAAUGAAGAGUAUGAUAUUCUCAACUACUGGAACUUUCCAGAUGGUUUUCAACUUAAGGUGAAGAUUGGUCAAUUUUCUCCCUAUGGUCCACUUGGUCAACAAUUAUCUUUAUCUGAGGACAUGAUAGAAUGGCCCACUGGAAUUACAGAGCUGACCAUUGGGUCUUUUGAUCCAAACCUGAAUAAUCAUGAGCAGUUUCCUGAUCUCUACCAAAUAGCCUGCAAGGACAAGUCUCUGUCUCAUGGCAUUGUCUCCUUGUUGAAUUAUUUCCACUGGAACUGGGUGGGACUGAUCAUAUCUGAAGGACAUAAUGGUGUUCAGAUCAUCUCAGACUUGACAGCAGAAAUGGACAGAAACAGAAUAUGUGUAGAUUUUGUGGAAAUGAUCCCAGUUAGUGAAGUAUCUUAUUUACCAAACAGACAACCGACUCCUACACAGGUUCUGAAAUCAUCAACAAAUGUGAUCAUCACCUAUGGUGACAGUGAUUUUCUGAGAGGCUUCCUGUUUUAUUUAAGACAAACUAUACUUACAAACAAAGUCUGGAUUAUGAGCUCAGAAUGGGAUAGUAUCAUCCAGGAAAAGCAUUUCAUUUUACAUUCACUUCAUGGGAGCCUCAUCUUCACCCAUCACCACAAAGAAACCUCUGGUUUCAGAAAUUUCAUCCAAAACGUUCAUCCUUCCAAAUAUCCAGAAGAUUUUUAUCUUAGAACAUUUUGGUUCUCCUUUUUUAACUGCUCAUUUGCUGACGAUGACUGCAAUACACUGGAGAACUGUGUGCCAAAUGUUUCCUUACAUGACUCACCGAAGGCCCGCUUGGACAUGGUCAUGACUGAGUUUGCUUAUAAUAUAUACAAUGCUGUGUAUGCUGUGGCCCACAGCCUUCAUGAGAUGCUUCUUCAUCAAGUAGAAGUAAGACCAAUAAGAAAGGCAGAAGAGCUGAUGUUUUCAGCCUGGCAGCUGCACCCUUUUCUGAAGAACCUGCAGUUUACUAAUCCUGCUGGAGAACAAGUGAAUUUGGAUGAGAAAACGAAGCUGAAUGCAGAGUAUGACAUUCUCAACUACUGGAACUUUCCAGACGGUCUUGAACUGAAGGUGAAAAUUGGUCAAUUUUCCCCCGAUGGUCCACUUGGUCAACAAUUAUCUUUAUCUGAAGACAUGAUAGAAUGGGCCACUGAAAUUACAGAGGAAAGUUACAGUUGGAAGUGUCAGGGUUUGCAGCUGGGGAAAUGA